GUAUGCAAAGUGAAAGUACGUUGCUCAUGUUGUGUACAAAAUUAGAAAUGACAAGUUCGUUGUUUUUACUAUUUUUCAAAUUUUCAUUGCAAAUAACUUGCUCACCAAGACUCAGAGUCGAGAUUCCUAAAACCGACAAACAAUGUUAAAUAGUCUGAAAACGUUCGACAAGUCGUCCUUAAAAAAGACGGCAACAAAAAUAACAACGGAAACGGGGGAUCAGUUCGUGGAAUUCAAAAACGAUCAAGGAUUGACAGAGAGAAGAAAAGUGACAGAGAAUGGAGACUUCAGAGGCUUUGUUGUCGACCUCUUUGCUGAUAUUCAAGUUGGCGAAAUUUUACCAGGGCUUAUAUUAGGCUCUCAAGAUGUUGCAGUGGAAUUUGAUUUGCUUAAAAAAUACAAAGUGACACAUAUUCUCAAUGUUGCCACUUUAGUAAAGAAUUCCUUUUCAGAAAAUUUCACUUACAUGAAUAUUGAUCUGCUGGACAUCCCUCAAACAGAUAUUGCUCAGCACUUUGAAACUGCUUUUCAGUUCAUUGACGAAGGAAUGGACAAAGGAGGAUGUGUAUUGGUGCAUUGUAAUGCUGGAAUUUCUAGAUCAUCUACAAUUGUGAUAGCUUAUCUCAUGAUGAAGAAACACUGGCCUUUAAACAAAGCUUAUCAAUAUGUUAAAGAAAAAAGGUCAAAAAUUAGACCAAAUGCAGGGUUUCAAGAACAACUUCAAACCUUUGAACAACAGCUUAAAAGUUCAGGACAGAUUAAUGAUUGUUGAAAUUUAACAUUAUCUUCCAAAGAUGAAUGUACCAAGUAUAAAUUACUCUGAUGUUCAUUGAUGUAUAUUUAAAAAAAUAAUUGAUGGAUGUCGGCUUCGAGCCUAAAACACAACUAUAAGUUUUAUAUUUCAGAGCUACCUAAAGUUAUUGUGGAGCAUUAAUUAUAAUUCAUUAAAGGCUAAAUUUUGUAAUUUGUUGAUGUAUUACCAAUACUUGUUUUAUAUCUUAUUUUUUAAAGAUUGGCAAUGCUAGUAUUGUAUACAAAUAUAUCUAUUUAUUUAAGGACAUGACCCUGUAAUACUCAUUAUGUAAAGAAAUAAAUUUUAUUUAAAAUUUU